GGGCUGCCGAAGAAGUGGCAACCCCGCUCCUUGUGCCUGGUCUGCUGGGGUCAAAUUCUUCCCGGGGAUGAUGUGGAUUCGCUGACAGACUCCGCUGGGGACUUCGCAGUGACCAAGCAGCUGCUCCCGAGUCCUACGUGCGUCGAAGGAGCUGAACAGGGCGCUCCUCAGGUCUCCUUCCCAGUUCUCUCUCGGAGUCAAUCCACAUUCAUUCCAGGGUGCCUCCGGGGUGCUGGGCGUGGGAUCAAAGUGACCUGGAGUUAGUCCCGUGCCCCCCAAGAUUAAAGCAGGACACACAGAUUACGAGGUGGUGCAAGUUGGGGGGAGUGUUUGGAUUGUGAGCCAUUUCAGAACUCUGUUUUCAAGACUCACUAUUUUAACAUUUGGGAGAAACACAUCCAGAAGAAAGAAAAUAGUUGCUAUAGAACUUGCUUCUACUUAUGGAGGUCGACAGACACCAUAAGCACUGAUAUUUGCAUUUAAUGGGGAACAAAGGAUGAAGAAGAAGUGAAUAUUCACUAAAGAGUGUAUCUGCUUACUGCUGCAGACCCGUGUGAUAAAAUACUCUGCUGCUUCUUGCUUAGGAGUUGGUCAGCCCUCAUCAGACUGCAUUGGAGUUUGGCUGCCUUUUAUCUUUUUCAUUGCUGAAAGAAGCCUGGUCGGCAUGUAGUAUACAUCUGUAUCUAAUUACUAUGGAAGGUGAUAAACUGACACUCACUUAUUAAAGUAACAUCUUUCACAGAAAACCAUUCUUUAAAGUGAAUAGAAGCCAAGCCCUUGUGAACACUUCUAUUGAACAUGACUCAUGGAGAAGAGCUUGGCUCUGAUGUGCACCAGGAUUCUAUUGUUUUAACUUACCUAGAAGGAUUACUAAUGCAUCAGGCAGCAGAGGGAUCAGGUACUGACAUCGACAAAAAGUCUGCUGGGCAUAAUGAAGAAGAUCAGAACUUUAACAUUUCUGCUAACACUUUCCCCACCUGUCAGAAUAAUGGUCCAGUUCUCAAUACACAGACCUAUCAGGGAUCUGGCAUGCUGCAUCUCAAAAAAGCCAGGCUACUACAGUCUUCUGAGGACUGGAAUGCAGCAAAGCGGAAGAGGCUGUCUGAUUCCAUCGUAAAUUUAAACGUGAAGAAGGAAGCUUUGCUGGCUGGCAUGGUUGACAGUGUGCCGAAAGGCAAACAGGAUAGUACGUUACUGGCCUCUUUGCUUCAGUCAUUCAGCUCUAGGCUGCAGACAGUUGCUCUAUCACAACAAAUUAGGCAGAGCCUCAAAGAGCAAGGGUAUGCCCUCAGUCAUGAUUCUUUAAAAAUGGAGAAAGAUCUAAGGUGCUACGGUGUUGCAUCAAGUCACUUAAAAACUUUGUUGAAGAAAAGUAAAGCUAAAGAUCAAAAACCUGAUACCAAUCUUCCUGAUGUAACUAAAACCCUCAUCAGAGAUCAGUUUGUGGAGUCACCUCAUCACACUGGACAAAGUGGAACAAAGGUCAUGAGUGAACCCUUGUCAUGUGCUGCGAGAUUACAGGCUGUUGCAAGCAUGGUAGAAAAAAGGGCUAGUCCUGCCACUUCCCCCAAACCUAGUGUUGCCUGUAGCCAGUUAGCAUUACUCCUUUCAAGUGAAGCCCAUUUGCAACAGUAUUCUCGGGAACAUGCUUUAAAAACACAAAAUGCAAACCAGGCGGCCAGUGAAAGACUUGCUGCUAUGGCCAGAUUACAAGAGAACGGCCAGAAGGACAUUGGCAGUUUCCAACUCUCAAAAGGAAUGUCAAACCAUCUUAAUGGUCAGGCGAGAACAUCAAGUAAACUAAUGACUAGCAGAAGUGCAGCUUUUCCAAAUCCAAUGAGUAUUAUUCCUUCCUCUCCCAAGAAUGCAGGCUACAAGAAUUCACUGGAAAGAAACAAUAUAAAACAAGCUGCUAGUAAUAGUUUGCUUUUACAUCUUCUUAAAAGCCAGACUAUACCUAAACCGAUGAACGGGCACCAUCACAGUGAGAGAGGAAGCGUCUUUGAAGACAGUAGUACACCUACAACUAUUGAUGACUAUUCAGAUAACAAUCCUAGUUUUACAGAUGAUAGCAGUGGUGAUGAGAGUUCCUAUUCCAACUGUGUCCCCAUAGACCUGUCUUGCAAACACAGAAUUGAGAAACCAGAACCUGACCAACCUGUUUCUCUGGAUAAUUUAACCCAAUCCUUACUAAAUACUUGGGAUCCCAAAGUUCCUGAUGUUGAUGUCAAAGUAGAUCAAGAUACCUCAAAGAACUCUAAGCUAAAUUCACACCAGAAAGUAACACUUCUUCAGUUGCUACUUGGCCAUAAAAAUGAAGAAAAUGUAGAAGGAAACAGCAGCCCUCAGGAAGCCCACAGCGACGUGACAAAGUUCAGUGCACAGAAUUACAUGCGGACUUCUGUAAUCGAAAGCCCCAGUACAAACAGGACUACUCCAGUGAGCACUCCACCCUUACUUGCUUCCACCAAAGCAGAGUCUCCCAUCAACCUUUCCCAACACUCUCUGGUCAUAAAAUGGAAUUCCCCGCCAUAUACCUGCAGCACUCAGUCUGAAAAGCCAACAGCAAAUUCCACAUCUAAGCACCUCAUGGACCUGACAAAGAGCAAAGAAUCACCAGGAGAGAAGUCGGUCCAAAAUGAAGGUGCACAAAACCCUGCGACUUUCAGUGCCAGUAAACUGUUACAGAAUUUAGCACAGUGUGGAAUGCAGUCUUCCACGUCAGCAGAAGAACAGAGACACAGUAAACAGCUGCUAGGUGUCAACACAGAUAAACCUGUAAGUGUGGUUGACAGGUUAAAUAGUCCUCUGUUCACAAAUAAAACAAGUGUAGUUGAAGAGAAUAAAGCAUUCAGUAGUCCAGCAACAGGGCCUGAACCAGGACUUUCUGGUUCUGAGAUAGAAAACCUGCUGGAAAGGCGCACUGUCCUCCAGUUGCUCCUGGGCAAUCCCAACAAAGGGAAGAGUGAAAAGAAAGAGAAGACUCCUUUAAGGGAUGAAAAUACUCAGGAACAUACAGACAGAGCUUUAAGUGAACAAAUAUUGAUGGUAAAAAUAAAAUCUGAGCCUUGCGAUGACUUACACAUUCAUAACACAAACGUGCACUUGAGCCACGACGCAAAGGGUGCCCCAUUCUUAGGCAUGGCUCCUCCCAUGCAGAGAAGUGCUGCUGCCUUACCAGCAUCCGAGGACUUUAAAUCAGAGCCCGCAUCACCUCAGGACUUCUCUUUCUCCAAGAAUGGCCUACUAAGUAGAUUACUGAGGCAAAAUCAAGAAAGUUACCUGGCAGAUGAUCUGGACAGCAGUCACAGAAGUAGCGAACUGAUGCUUCUAGAAUCAAAGAAUCUUUGCAUGGUCCCCAAGAAGAGAAAACUUUAUGCCGAGCCUUUGGAAAAUCCAUUCAAAAAGAUGAAGAAUAACUUAGUAGAUGCGUCAAACAGUCACAGCGCUCCGGAGGUACUGUGUGGGUCCUUGCUUAACCAACAAGAGCUACAACUUAGCAGAAAUGAUCUUGAAUUUAAAUAUCCUGCCACUCACAGUUCAGGCAGCGAAAGUGAGCACAGGAGUUGGGCCAGAGAGAGCAAGAGCUUCAACGUCCUGAAACAGCUGUUGCUCUCGGAAAACUGUGUGAGAGAUUUGUCCCAACAUAGGAGUAACUCUGUUGUCGACAGUAAAAAGAAAGGACACAAAAAUAAUGUGACCAAUAGCAAGCCUGAAUUCAGCAUUUCGUCUGUAAAUGGACUGACGUACAGCUCCUCGCAGCCCAACAGUUGUGCGGAUAACAGGACAUUUCCUUAUGCAGGAGUUGUUAAAACACCCGUGAGCCCUUCUUUCCCUGAGCCCUUGGGCUGUGUGGGGUCUAGACAGGAAUCUGGGCUUCUGAAUGGGUGUUCCAUGCCCAGUGAGAAGGGACCCAUUAAGUGGGUCAUCACAGAUGUUGACAAGAAUGAGUAUGAGAAAGACUCUCCAAGACUGACCAAAACUAACCCAAUACUGUAUUACAUGCUCCAGAAAGGAGGUAAUUCUGUUACCAGUCGAGAAACACAGGACAAGGACAUUUGGAGGGAGCCUCCAUCUGCUGACAGCGUCUCACAGGUUACUGUCAAAGAAGAGUUACUUCCUGCUGCAGAAACGAAAGCUUCUUUCUUUAAUUUAAGAAGCUCUUAUAAUAGCCAUAUGGGAAAUAAUGCCUCUCGUUCACACAGUACAAAUGGAGAAGUUUAUGGACUUCUGGGAAACAUGCUAACAAUAAAAAAGGAAUCAGAAUAAAAUGUACCUGCCAUCUAGCUUCGGAUCUUUAAAACUAAUUAGUAUGAACUUGAGAUCUGUAUAAAUAAGAGCAUGAUUUGAUGAAAGCAUGGUAUAAUUGAAACUUUUUUCAUUUUGAAAAGUAUUGGUUACUGGUGAUGUUUAAAUCUGCAUACUACUUUUGCUUUAUGUUAGAUGUCAUGAGGAAACUACUGAACUAGCAAGUUGUUUAACACUUCUGUAUGCAUCAGACAGCAACUGUGAGUAGCCUAUGAAUGAAAUUCUUUUAUAAUCACAAAUAAUAGGCAUAAAAAUUAAAGUGUAAAUCUCCAUCCAUAGUGGAUUAACACAUUUUGCUGCCUUUAUGAGGGGACUUUCUUUUGCUUUUCAAAAGUCGGCCUACAUAGUACACUUUUUAAAGUCCAAAUUGUUGAAUUACUCUUUAAAGGAUCAUUGUUGAAUUAAACCCGAGUGCUGAUUCACUAAUUGUUGUCCAAUUCAAAAACAAAUUAGAAAAAAAAAUAUGCUUACGUUUUUCACUUUUGCUAAAAAAAAAAAAUUAUUUUUAAACUCUUGAAAGGGGUUUUGUGGUUCCCAGUGUGUCUGUCCCACCCUUGUCCUUUUCAAUAUAUAUUUCUUUAAACCUUGUACUACUUAGUAAAAAUUGAUUAUACUUGAUGGAAGUUUGAUAGAUCCUUAAAAAAUAAAAAAGAAAGAUUUCCAUUUUUGUAUUUUAACUACUUUACUAAAUUAAUAUUCCUCCUUUUACAGAAUUAGGAAAGUUAACAUUUAUCUUCAGGUGGUUUCCUGAAUAGUUGAAUAUUAAGAAGUUUUUUUUUAACAGAAGCAAAAUGGCAUUUCUUUGGACAAUUCUCAUCAUUUCUUAUAAAAAUCACUUCUCACCAUUUCUGUGGUACCUGUGAGUCGUAUGACCAGAGUUUCUUAAAGCUGGACUCAGACCUCCUGCAUUAGAACCAUCUGGAGCACUUGUUUUAAAAUGCUGGUUCCUAGGCAGCAUCCCAGAUCUACAAGACAAGAAUCUCUGCUAAGUGAACCUGGGAAUCUUCCAUUUACAUCUUAACACACUCCCUAGGUGUUUCUUCUGCACACUGAAGCUUGAGAAUCAUUGCUUAUGACUUUUCUCAGAACACAGGACUGUUAAAAAAAAAAAAUGCUAUUUGAUGCCUAUAUUUUCCCCAGUACAGUCACACCUGAACUCAAAAUUUGGGAUAUUGUGGUUCAUAUAUUACCGUUAUAUCUUUAGAAAUCGGGUUCAGAAUACUUUUUACAACAACAACAAAAAAAUUGGGUGGAGGGGACAACUUUCAUAUCUGGCUCAACAUCUCAGGAAAAUCUGUGAUUAUUUAUGUGUUCUAAUGAGUAACAUCUACUUAAUCAGCCUUAGGGAUGGAACAACAGGGCCACUUACCAAACUCAGGUGAUUCCAGGAUGGUUUAGAAACUUCUCCUGAAUACAUCCUUAACUUCUAUUAAAAUCAUUGUUCUAAGAACAAUGCUGACAAAGAUGAAAGCAUUUAUUUCAAACCCAAGAAAGGCACUAAACUCAGAUUGACUAAAUAAAAAGUACAAAGGGCACAUAAA